AGGGGGGAGGGGGAGGGGGGACCGCAGCCGCAGCCUCAGCAUCUCCUCCAGCGUCUCCUUCUGCUCUUCUCCAGCUCUUGGAUCGUUCUUCCCUUUCUUUCCCCCAGCCCUUUCCUCGCUUCUUUCUUUCUUUCCUUUUUCUUCCCGUCUCCCGCACGCUGUCGUUGUUAUUAGAAAGGCUUCGCGCACCCCCUGGUGCUCCGGCGUUUUGUGUGGCAGGAGAAGAUUGUCUCCCUUCCCUCGGUCUUGCUUUCUCUCUCCCUCUGGUUGCUCAUUAUUCAGAGAGAGACACAGAGGGAGGGAGAGAGCGAGCGCGCGAGGGAGAGGGAGGAGAGGAGAGGAGAGAGAAGAGGAGAGGAGAGAGCGAGGGGAGAGAGAGAGAGAGAGUGAGAGGGAGAGGGAGGGAGGGAGAGAGAGGGAGAGGGAGAGGGAGAGGGAGAGACGGAUAUCUCAGGUCAUCUGCAGCUGCAGCGAGUCUGAGGAGCCGAGGAAGGCAGGGAAGAUGGCGAUCCUCCAUUGCUGAGACCCGGCACAAGCACAUGAGACUCCCAAACAACUUCCACAACAAUAACCCGAGCAGGAAGAGGAGAAAGAGAAAGAGGAUAAGGAGGCGGUGGGGCUGGAGAACCCGAAACACCUCCCGGCGCCGGGACGCUUCUUCUGUUCCUAAUGUGAGAAGGUAGGCCCGGAUCAUGGAGGUGCUUCAGUGUGAUGGCUGUGACUUCAGGGCCCCAUCUUACGAAGAUCUCAAGGCACACAUUCAGGAUGUCCACACGGCAUUUCUGCAGCCAACUGAUGUUGCUGAAGACAAUGCUAACGAGCCACGAUCCGGGUCCAUGAAUGCCAGUAAUCAGACAGAGGUGGAGUAUUCUUCUAUAAAGGACGAAUUUGCGAUCGCAGAGGAUCUAUCAGGUCAAAAUGCAACUGCGUUGGGGACCGGAAGCUACUAUGGCCACAGUCCUGGAUAUUACGGUCAGCAUAUUGCCCCUAAUCCCAAACCAACCAACAAGUUUUUUCAAUGCAAGUUCUGCGUACGCUACUUCAGGUCAAAAAACCUCCUCAUUGAACACACAAGGAAGGUCCACGGAGCUCAAGCUGAAGGGAGUUCAGUGGGACCCCCUGUUCCCGGAUCCUUAAAUUAUAAUAUCAUGAUGCACGAGGGGUUUGGAAAGGUCUUCUCUUGCCAGUUUUGCACGUACAAGUCACCGAGGAGGGCAAGAAUAAUUAAGCAUCAGAAGAUGUAUCACAAGAACAAUUUGAAGGAGACCACUGCUGCCCUGCCUGCCCCCGCUCCAAUGCCAGACCCCGUGGUCCCACCCGUGUCCCUGCAGGACCCCUGUAAGGAACUGCCCGCAGAGGUCGUGGAGCGCAGCAUCUUAGAGUCCAUGGUCAAGCCUUUGACCAAGUCUCGAGGCAACUUUUGCUGUGAGUGGUGCAGCUACCAGACCCCCCGCCGAGAACGCUGGUGUGACCACAUGAUGAAGAAGCAUCGCAGCAUGGUCAAGAUCCUUUCCAGCCUCCGACAGCAGCAAGAAGGGACGAACCUCCCUGAUGUGCAGAACAAAAGCGCCCCCAGCCCCACUUCCAAUUCCACCUAUCUGUCCAUGAAUGCUGCAAGCCGGGAGAUGCCCAGCGCUAACGUCUCCAACUUUCGGGGCUCCAUCAGUAACUCCAUCAUGAGACCCAAUUCUUCGUCCGCUUCCAAGUUUUCACCCGUGUCUUACCCUCCGAUGAAGCCGAAGUCCCCUCACAACUCUGGCCUAGUUAACUUGGCAGAGCGAUCGCGUUAUGGAAUAGCUGACAUGACCAAUUCCUCCGCUGACCUGGAAACUAACAGCAUGCUGAACGACUCCAGUUCUGAUGAAGAGCUGAACGAGAUAGACAGCGAGAAUGGCUUGAAUGCGAUGGAUCACCAGACAUCGGGCAUGUCUGCAGAGCAGCUGAUGGGCUCAGAUGGCAACAAGCUGUUGGAGACCAAGGGGAUUCCGUUUAGAAGGUUCAUGAAUAGGUUCCAGUGCCCCUUUUGUCCCUUCCUCACUAUGCAUCGACGUAGCAUCUCCCGUCACAUAGAAAACAUCCACCUGUCCGGAAAGACCGCUGUCUACAAAUGUGACGAAUGUCCGUUUACUUGCAAGAGCUCGUUAAAACUCGGGGCUCACAAGCAGUGUCACACGGGUACGACGUCAGAUUGGGAUGCUGUGAACUCCCAGAGCGAAAGCAUUUCUUCUUCACUGAAUGAAGGCGUUGUGUCUUACGAGAGCCCAAGCAUCAAUGGCAGAAAGUCAGGAGUCCUGUUGGAUCCCUUGCAGCAGCAACAGCCGCCGCCGCCGCCCCCACCGCCACCGCCGCCUCCAUCUCAGCCACAGCCACCACAGCUCCAGCCACCACACCAGGUGCCACCCCAGCCGCAGCCCCAGCCCCCACCGACGCAGCAGCCCCAGCCCCCCGUGCAAGCCCCGCCCCUGCACCCUUACAAAUGCACCAUGUGUAAUUACUCCACCACGACUCUGAAAGGGCUACGGGUCCAUCAGCAGCACAAACACUCGUUCUGCGACAACUUGCCAAAAUUCGAGGGGCAGCCCUCAAGCCUGCCGUUGGAGAGUGAGACAGACAGCCACCCCUCUUCCAGCAACACUGUGAAGAAAAGUCAGACCUCAAUUCUUGGGUUGUCCUCCAAGAACAAUUUUGUAGCUAAGGCCUCUAGGAAGCUCGCUAAUGACUUUCCCCUCGAUUUAUCGCCUGUGAAGAAGAGAACGAGGAUCGACGAGAUAGCCAGCAACCUGCAAAGCAAAAUCAACCAGACAAAACAGCAGGAGGACGCGGUGAUCAACGUGGAGGACGACGAGGAGGAAGAGGAAGACAAUGAAGUGGAGAUAGAGGUUGAGUUGGACAGGGAGGAAGAGCCAACAGAGCCAGUCAUGGAGGUGUCCGCAUCCUUUUCAGCCCAGCAGAUUUGGGCGAGAGACGCCGGCGAGCCCCCGAAGGAGCCCAACUUCAGAAGCGUCGCCCACGAUUACAACGCCACCAACGGGGCUGAGAUUGAGCUCACCCUUUCUGAAGACGAAGAGGAUUAUUACGGCUCCUCGACAAACAUGAAAGAUCACCAAGUUUCCAACGCCGCUCUGCUGAACACCCAGACUCCCAUCUAUGGAACCGAGCACAAUAACGAGAACACGGACUUUGGUGACUCUGGAAGGCUUUACUAUUGCAAACACUGUGACUUUAACAACAAAUCUGCUCGGAGCGUCAGCACCCACUACCAACGAAUGCACCCGUACAUUAAGUUCAGCUUUAGGUACAUCUUGGAUCCCAAUGAUCACAGUGCGGUGUACAGGUGCCUGGAAUGCUACAUUGAUUACACCAACUUUGAAGACCUGCAGCAGCAUUACGGCGAACACCACCCAGAAGCCAUGAAUGUACUCAACUUUGACCAUUCGGACCUGAUCUACCGGUGUCGGUUUUGUUCCUACACGAGCCCGAAUGUCAGAAGCCUGAUGCCACAUUACCAAAGAAUGCAUCCCACGGUUAAGAUUAACAACGCGAUGAUAUUUUCCAGCUAUGUCGUGGAGCAGCAGGAAGGGCUGAAUACGGAAUCCCAGACGCUGAGGGAGAUUCUGAAUUCGGCCCCCAAGAGCCUGGCGACUUCCACUCCCGUGGCUCGCGGUGGCGGUCUGCCAGCUACGUUUAAUAAAAACACUCCUUCAAAGACCUUUACUCCAGAAUGUGAAAAUCAGAAGGACCCCUCAGUUAACACUGUUGUCGUUUACGAUUGCGACGUUUGCUCGUUCGCAAGCCCCAACAUGCAUUCUGUCUUGGUUCAUUAUCAGAAGAAACACCCGGAAGAAAAGGCUUCCUACUUUAGGAUCCAGAAAACCAUGCGAAUGGUGUCUGUGGACAGGGGCUCUGCCCUUUCUCAAUUAUCAUUUGAGGUGGGUGCUCCAAUGUCUCCCAAAAUGUCCAACAUGGGUUCCCCACCCCCCCCACCACCCCCGCCACCAGACCUCAGUACUGAGCUUUACUACUGCAAACACUGUUCCUACAGUAAUCGGUCAGUUGUGGGAGUGCUUGUCCACUACCAGAAAAGACACCCAGAGAUAAAGGUCACUGCCAAAUAUAUCAGGCAGGCUCCUCCCACAGCUGCAAUGAUGAGGGGGUCCGAGGGGCCCCAAGGCUCCCCUCGGCCACCCGCCCCCAUGCAGCAGCUGACCCGAAGCAGCUCUGAGAGAGACGGCCCUCCCGCCGAGAAUGAGAUGUUCUUUUGCCAGCACUGUGAUUACGGGAACCGGACGGUCAAAGGUGUCCUCAUUCACUAUCAGAAGAAGCACCGAGACUUCAAGGCCAAUGCAGAUGUGAUUCGGCAGCACACGGCCACCAUCCGAAGCCUCUGUGACCGCAACCAGAAGAAGCCUGCCGGUUGUGUGCUUGUCGCCCCCUCGAACAUGGAGAGGGAUAAAGCUAAGCUGCGAGCGCUCAAGUGUAGGCAGUGCUCGUAUACCUCCCCCUACUUCUAUGCACUGAGGAAGCAUAUCAAGAAAGACCACCCUGCCCUGAAGGCCACGGUCACGUCCAUCAUGCGGUGGGCAUUUCUAGAUGGCUUGAUAGAAGCUGGCUACCACUGUGAGUGGUGCAUCUAUUCCCACACAGAGCCCAACGGUUUGCUCCUGCAUUACCAAAGGAGGCAUCCAGAGCAUUACGUUGACUAUACUUACAUGGCUACCAAACUCUGGGCUGGGCCAGACCCGUCCCCCCCCUCUCUCGCAAUGCCCGCGGAAGCCAAAACGUACAGGUGCAGAGACUGUGUUUUUGAAGCCAUGUCCAUCUGGGACAUCACCAAUCACUACCAGGCGUUCCAUCCCUGGGCCAUGAAUGGUGAUGAGUCGGUGCUGCUGGAUAUCAUCAAGGAGAAAGAUGCCAUUGAGAACCCCCUCCCCUCCUCCGAAGAGCUGGUGGGUCCUGUGAAUUGUGAAAACAGCAUGCCCGCUCCACUGCCCGAGCAGGACGUCGAAUGCCCAGAGGAUGCGAGGCUGUCCCCAGAGAAAAGCAUCCAGCUGGCUUCUGCCAACCCGGCCAUAUCCUCCACCCCGUACCAGUGCACGGUGUGCCAGUCCGAGUAUAACAACCUGCACGGCCUUCUCACCCAUUAUGGGAAGAAGCACCCCGGCAUGAAGGUGAAGGCUGCCGACUUUGCCCAGGACAUCGACAUUAACCCCGGCGCCGUUUACAAAUGCAGGCAUUGCCCGUACAUCAACACCCGCAUCCACGGCGUCCUGACCCACUACCAGAAGCGACACCCGUCCAUCAAGGUGACCGCCGAGGACUUUGUGCACGACGUGGAGCAGUCGGCCGACAUAGCCCAGAACGACGUGGAGGAGACGAGCAGGAUCUUCAAGCAAGGCUACGGCGCCUACCGUUGCAAACUGUGUCCGUACACGCACGGCACGCUGGAGAAGCUCAAAAUCCACUACGAGAAGUACCACAAUCAGCCUGAAUUCGAUGUCUUUUCCCAGUCGCCCCCGAAGCUGCCGGUCUCCCUCGAGCCCGAGAUAACCACUGAAGUGAGCCCCUCCCAGGUCUCCGUCACGGAGGAGGACGUGGGAGAGGAGCCCGUGUCCACGUCUCACUUCUCUACCUCGCACCUGGUCUCCCACACUGUGUUCCGGUGCCAGCUCUGCAAGUACUUCUGCUCCACGAGGAAGGGGAUCGCCAGGCACUACCGCAUCAAGCACAACAACGUCCGCGCCCAGCCGGAGGGCAAGAACAACCUCUUCAAGUGCGCCCUGUGCGCCUACACCAACCCCAUCCGCAAAGGGCUGGCGGCCCACUACCAGAAGCGCCACGACAUCGACGCCUACUACACCCACUGCCUGGCAGCCUCCCGGACCAUCAGCGACAAGCCCAACAAGGUGAUCAUCCCGUCCCCGCCCAAGGACGACUCCCCACAGCUCAGCGAGGAGCUCCGGCGGGCCGUGGAGAAGAAAAAGUGCUCGCUCUGCUCCUUCCAGUCCUUCAGCAAGAAGGGCAUCGUGUCCCAUUACAUGAAGCGCCACCCGGGGGUGUUCCCCAAGAAGCAGCACGCCAGCAAGCUGGGAGGCUACUUCACGGCCGUCUACGCCGACGAGCACGAGAAGCCGGUGCUGAUGGAAGAGGAAGACCGAGGCAGCUUCGAGAAAGCCGAGGUGGAGGGAAGCGAAGCGCAGGAGAUGGAGUGGCUCCCGUUCCGCUGCAUCAAGUGCUUCAAGCUGUCCUUCAGCACGGCGGAGCUGCUGUGCAUGCAUUACACUGACCACCACAGCCGGGACCUGAAGAGGGACUUCGUCAUUCUGGCCAGCGGCCCCCGCUUGCAGAACCCCGCCUACCAGUGCAAGCACUGUGAUAGCAAACUGCAAAGCACAGCGGAGCUGACCUCACACUUGAACAUUCACAAUGAGGAAUUCCAGAAGCGUGCCAAACGUCAGGAGAGGAGGAAACAGCUUUUGAGCAAGCAGAAAUAUGCAGAUGGUGCUUUUGCAGAUUUCAAACAAGAGAGGCCUUUUGGUCACUUAGAAGAGGUGCCAAAGAUCAAGGAGAGGAAGGUGGUGGGCUACAAGUGUAAAUUCUGUGUGGAAGUGCACCCGACGCUCCGAGCCAUCUGCAAUCACCUCCGAAAGCACGUCCAGUACGGCAGCGUCCCCGCCGUGUCCGCCGCCGUGAAGGGGCUGCGUUCUCAUGAGAGGAGCCAUCUGGCCCUGGCCAUGUUUACCCGCGAGGACAAGUACAGCUGCCAGUAUUGCUCCUUUGUUUCUGCUUUCAGGCACAACUUGGAUCGCCAUAUGCAAACCCACCACGGACACCAUAAACCAUUCCGGUGCAAACUCUGCUCCUUCAAGUCCUCCUAUAACAGCCGGCUGAAAACACAUAUACUCAAGGCUCAUGCUGGUGAGCAUGCCUACAAGUGUUCCUGCUGCUCCUUUUCCACCAUGACAAUCAGCCAGCUGAAGGAACACUCCCUCAAGGUCCACGGAAAAGCCCUGACCCUCCCCAGGCCACGGAUCGUCAGUCUGCUCUCCUCACACGCUCACCACUCCUCCCAGAAAGCUACCCCAGCCGAAGAAGUGGAAGACUCUAAUGACUCCUCCUACUCAGAACCUCCAGAUGUGCAGCAGCAGUUGAACCACUAUCAGUCGGCUGCCCUGGCGAGGAACAACAGCCGCGUCAGCCCCGUGCCCCUUUCUGGGGCCCCCGGGGGUGCCGAGCAGAAAACCGAGGCUGUUCUCCACUGCGAAUUCUGUGAAUUCUCCUCUGGCUACAUCCAGAGCAUCAGGCGCCAUUACAGGGACAAGCAUGGUGGGAAGAAGCUCUUCAAGUGCAAAGACUGCUCCUUUUACACAGGCUUUAAAUCUGCUUUUACUAUGCACGUGGAAGCUGGGCAUUCGGCGGUUCCCGAGGAGGGCCCCAAAGAUCUUCGCUGUCCUCUCUGCCUCUAUCACACCAAAUACAAACGCAACAUGAUCGACCACAUCGUGCUGCACCGAGAAGAGCGAGUCGUCCCCAUCGAGGUGUGCCGUUCCAAGCUGUCGAAAUACUUGCAGGGAGUGGUUUUCCGCUGUGAUAAGUGUACCUUCACCUGCUCCAGCGACGAGAGCCUCCAGCAACACAUAGAAAAGCACAAUGAACUGAAACCUUACAAAUGCCAGCUCUGCUACUACGAGACCAAGCACACGGAAGAACUGGACAGCCACCUUCGGGACGAGCAUAAGGUGAGCCGUAAUUUUGAGCUGGUUGGACGGGUUAACUUGGAUCAGCUGGAACAGAUGAAGGAAAAGAUGGAGAGCUCCAGCAGUGAGGACGAGGACAAGGAAGAGGAAAUGAGCAGCAAGGCUGCUGACAGAGAUCUGAUGAGAUUUUCCGACCGUGGGGCUGCUAUUAACACCGAGAAGCGUUUUCCGUGUGAAUUUUGUGGACGGGCGUUUUCACAGGGCUCUGAGUGGGAAAGGCACGUGCUGAGACACGGCAUGGCGUUGAAUGACACCAAGCCGGUGAGCAGAGAAGAAAUCCACCUGAAAGAGAGUGUGGAGGACAGUAUUAAGAUGCCCUCUAUAGAGGAAAAGGAAGAUGACGAGGCAAUCGGGAUAGACUUUUCCCUAAAGAAUGAAACAGUAGCCAUCUGUGUAGUAGCUGCUGACAAAUCUCUCCUGGAGAAUGCAGAGGCCAAAAAUGAAUAAGCGUUUGGUGAAAUUCUUAAUCAAACCGUACUUGAACCGUGAUGAGAAAGUGGGAGGGCCAGCUUGGGCUGAGAAGGGGGGGGGACAGAAAAGAAGACAGAACAAAGCUGCUUUUUAGGACUGAACAAUCUAUUUUCAAAGCACUGGUACCUGUGUGAGUGAGUAUGUAAAUUAAAGUUAUUUAAAUGGUUGGAAUAUGUGGCUCCUUUUCCAUCACUACACCUUUUCUUCUGGAUCUUCAUCCUGGAAGUGUCAUUUGUUGUGGAAUACGGAAGCACCUCCCGUGCGCACGGUGUGCUCUGUGGCGGUCUUGGACAGGAUGUGGAAACAAGCUCCAUGACAGUAGAAGACUUCUCUUAGGGGAACAACUUUCUGACGCACAUCUUUUGGUGCGUUUUUCUAGUUUUAAUACCUUAAGCUUUUUCAAGACCUAACUGCAGCCGCUUUGGGAAAAAAAACAAACAAACAAACAAACAAACAAAAAAAAAACCACAAAAAAAAAAAAAAACACAGAAAACAAAAAAACUGCUUUGCAUAAAACAGUCACCUGUUUCCUAGUACCUCAAACUUAACCAAGGGAAUUCUCUGCAUUUGUCAGUACUACCUGUCGUCGUCGUGGUUAAAUGUAGAGAGAACUGCUGGGCAAGACGGUGAAUGGAGAAAAAAAAAAAAGAGAGUUUUAAAGAAAGGAACACAAAUUGUGCUUAAAAUCCCCACGUGGGUUUUAUUUCUUAAAAUACUGUGAUUUUUUUAAUUAUUUUAGUAAAAAACAAAACAAAAAAAAGAAACAGACUUUAAUUAUUAGAUAACUGUUUGUGAAUUGUCAUCCUUUAUUCCAGGUAAGCUGUUUAUUAGUGUUCAACUAUAAUUUAGAAUUUGGUAGAUUCAUGUGAGCUAAUUUUAUGGUGACUGUGGAGUUUUGUUUGCCAUAUGUUUAUUUUCUAUCAAUUUGAGUGUUACAAACACAGCACAAUUCAGUUUUCACAUAAAUUGUUUUUUGUGUGCGUGUUGUUCUUGUUUUAAUUUGGGGGCAAGGGAGAUUUAGGGUUUUUUUUGUGAAUAGGAAUGUUUUUAUUUUAAACAUGGAAAUAACAAAGAAGUUAACUUUUUUUUUCUUAAUUUAACUAAAGAACCAAACUUUUCGGCACAGCUAUGCAGCUUGUGGGCCAGACGAGGAAGUCCUCUUCACCCUUUUGUUGCUCGUCAAAUUAACACAUUAUCCGUCUCACACAAAUAAUUUCUGUUCGGAUGGGCUGGCUUCUGUGUGUGAUUUUAGAAUCUGUGUUCUGUUUUUGUUUGCAUUGUGUUUGGGGGAGGGUUUUUCACUUAUUUUGCAGGACAAGGGGAUGUGUUAGAAUCCCAUCCCUUUGGUGAGAGUGGACAAGAAAUACUUAUAUCCUACAAGGAGCCUGGAAAACUACUUUUUUUUUUUUUCCUUAAUCUAGCUGCCAGCUGCUCUGUUUCCCCAUAUUAGCUUUUUCAGGAGGGAGCAGCUUAGACUAAAUCUAAGUCUACAUUUAUAAUAUGUUCUGAUUGUGAACAAAAGGUUUCAUUCCAAAAAAGUAGAAAAGAACUUUCCUUGAAGCUUAGGUUAUAGAAGUUUCUGUGUGUGUGUGUGUGUAUGUGUGCUUGGAUGCGUGUGUGCUCAUGUGCGUGUGUGUGAGUCCUUUGAUUUUCAUGUUUUGUUUUGUUUUCGUUUUUGUUUUUUGUUUUUUUGUUUUUUGUUUUUUUGGUUUUUGUUUUUUUUUUUUUUUUACUUGGAAGGGUUGUGGGAGGGGGAGGGAAGUAAGGGACAGGGAAUUGCUGAGAUGACAGUGUCCCACACAGCUUCAAAUAAAAUCCAUGGAAAGAUAUUGCAUUUGUGGAAUAAGUCCUUACUUGAAAAGCAUGUUCUUCUUUUAUUUUCUUGCUGUUAAGAAAUUUUAUUUGUAGGGAGUUUGUUUUAAUUUAAAUUUUUUUUUUUUUUAGGGAUGGGGGCCAUCAUGUGGAAACCAGAAAAUGGGGAAAGUGUGAUCUAGACAAAGAUAACAUUUUGUGUCCAUAUUUGUUUUUAAUUGGCCUCAUUUCAUAUGUAUUAAACAGUUCCAUACCUGGAUUGGGUGUUUGUAAUGGUUACCAAAAAAAAAAAAAACAAAAACAAAAACAAAAACAAAAAAAAAACAAAAAAACAAAAAAAAAGAAAAAAAGAAAGAAAGAAAAAGGAAAAAAAAGAAAAUAAUUGUGACAUGCUUUUAUCACUACUUUAUUUUUCAAAUAACAUGUAAAUAUUGUAAUCCAUUGGAUUUUGUUUUGCUAACCUGUUAAUAAAAAUAUGGGACCAUUAUCCUUUUAACAGGGCUAGAAUGUCAUUUUUUUCUGUUUUCAAACAUAUACCUGAUAUUUUGUGGCCGCACAUUUUGGAUGCAUUAUUAUAAUUCUGUCGACUGUAAUGACAUAGAAUUUACAACAUUUUUUUUUUUGUUGUUUAAUUUAUACAGAGGACAUUUUUUUUCAGAGCUUGAGAGAAGAAAAUAAAUAGCAAAAUGAGAACCUGUUGACUCCAAUAAUCAGUGUUUCCCGAUACUUGAUAGGAGAGAGGGAGAUUCUGAGUUCUUGAAGCCAAGGGUUUUAAAAAACAACAAAAACACACCAGUAGGUUAUUCAAGUUGUUUGCAACAUACAUUUUUGUAAUGAAAUGUGAGAAAUUAAUAAAGAAUUUUUUUCACAUGUG